AUGUCCCUCUCGGAGGUGCAGCACCUACAAGAGCUGGCGCAGCAGCAGCCCACCAAGGAAAACAACGACACCCUCGUGUCGAAGCAGACUCUCUACGUGGAGCAGCAGCUACGCAUCAAAACGGAGGCUGAGGAGCGCACCAUAGCGGCGCAGCGAGAGUUGGAGGAGCUGAAACAUGAGAUCGAGGAGCUGCGCCGCCAGACCUCCUCGCUCCCCCCCAUCGACCCGUCGGACGAGCGCGCGGAGUACUGUGUGAAGUGGACGUCGCUCUUGAAGGAGUUCGGAAUGCGUAAGGAGGUCCUUUCGUUUCUGCUCUCCUACUCUGCCGAGGACUUCAAGCUAGCUGAGCUAAGCAUCGUCUCCUACUGGCUGGACACCUGGACGACGUUCUUUGCGUCCGCAGAGUCGUCGGUACGGAGCUUGAAGAAGAUCGAGCGGGAGUCGACAAACGGCAGCACGCUGCCUCCGACUCGGCACCUCUACGAUGCACUGGAUGAGGUGUGCCGCUUGCAGCUUCAGGCUCGCACGCUUGUCGGCCGUGAGCGCUACCGCCGCAGCUCCUCGAGCGACGAGUUUGUCCAGGAAUUCAUGGACAGCCAGAAGCAGCUGCGAGAGUGGUGCCGCAAGCAGCGCGAAACACUAGAGGAGCUGACAAAGCUAGAGGACCUCAUCGAGUUCAGUAACUCGUUCUACACGAACGUGCCGGUUAUGGACAGUAAUUUUCUUGUGUUGAUGGAGCAGAGCGAGGCGCUCAUGGGCAACGCGCGGGUGCAAGACGCUCUUCAGGAGGUGAACCGAGAGUGGGUCAUGCUGUCGCUUGAGAUCUACGACAAGCUACAGGCCACCGCCACUCGAGCGCACGGGAGGAGCUCACUGGAGAAGCAGUGUGUGCAGUGGACUCAAUUUAUGUCACCAAGGCUUCAUCGCCUUCUUCUGUCCGUGCAGGGCGCACUUGCCGCGGGCAACGAUGUGCCGGAGGCCAAGCGGCUUGCGACGACGUGCAAACGUCUCAUCAAGGAGCAUGAGGCACACGACAUCGUGUGCACACACUUGAGCGACUUUACAGUGCGCGAGGAAUGCGUGCGGCCCCACUCAGGCGCCUUGAAGGCGGAGCUGCAGUCGUCACUCGCGACGACGGUACUGACCUUCCCACACUAUGACACUGCUGGUGGGCAGGCGGACUACAGGGCCCGGGUAGAGGAGCUGCAGGAGUGGAUCGAGGUCAAGUCGCAGAAGGGCACGUACAUGAAGCUGUUGGAGCGCCUAGAGAUGACCAAAGCCGCGAUUGAGGAGCACGCGGAUGUACUGUUCCCCGACGAUGGCCCAUAA